CGCCGGAGCCGGCUGACAGGUAGAUGAGCGCUGUCCGCGGUGCUGAAGCCGGAGAUCCCCGCCUCAGAUGAGAUCCGAGCUCCGCCAGCAUCCGAUUCCUUUUUUUCAAAAAACACAACAUAUAUUUUUUUUACUUUUUUACUUCCAGCUCGAGGGUUUUUUCUCUCUGAUCGCUGACUGGAUCUUAAGAUGGCACUGCAUGGAUUUACACUGCGCAAGGCAAAAGCGGACUUCUUGGACUGCUGUUUAGUGACUGUGGAACCAGCCCUUUCACACUGAACGUGCUGCUCUUCUUUCUCCAUUUUUCCCCCUCCGGCUCGUCUUUUUCAGGACCUUUUUUUCCUUCCUGUUUCAUAGGAAAGAGGCUUGUUACUUGGAUCAAUAUCGUCAGACUAUGCUCAUUGUUGCUGCUCAAUUUGUUGUAGUGUUGUAGAAUUCUUUUACGAUUAUUUGGAUAUGGAGCCGGCCAAGGAGAAAGCUCUGCCUACCUCCAAAGAGGGACUCAAACAAAUCGCAGGAAAGGCCCUGGGGAAUCUGCACAGGAGGCUGGAAAAGCGGCAGCAGACAGGUGAGGCCAUCGAGCUGACGGAGGAUGGGAGACCCCGGGAGGACCAGGAGCGGAAGACGCCCCUGUGCGACUGCACGUGCUUCGGGCUCCCGCGCAGAUACAUCAUCGCGAUGCUGAGCGGGCUCGGCUUCUGCAUCUCCUUCGGCAUCCGAUGCAACUUGGGCGUGGCCAUCGUCAGCAUGGUCAAUAACAGCACGAUCCAUCAGGACGGCAAGAUCAUCAUAACAGAGAAAGCGAAAUUCAACUGGGACCCAGAGAUUGUGGGCAUGAUUCACGGAUCCUUCUUCUGGGGCUACAUCGUCACCCAGAUUCCAGGAGGGUAUAUCUCCUCACGAUUGGCCGCAAACAGAGUGUUUGGGGCUGCCAUCGUGUUGACAUCCAUCCUGAACAUGUUCAUCCCCUCCGCUGCUCGGACGCACUAUGGAUGUGUCAUCUUUGUGAGGAUAUUACAAGGGUUGGUGGAGGGAGUGACUUAUCCAGCCUGCCAUGGGAUCUGGAGCAAAUGGGCCCCACCGCUGGAAAGAAGUCGUCUGGCAACCAUUUCCUUCUGUGGAUCCUAUGCUGGCGCAGUCAUAGCCAUGCCUCUGGCCGGGAUCAUGGUCCAGUACACAGGGUGGUCCUCUGUCUUCUAUGUGUACGGAUGCUUUGGGAUUGUUUGGUACAUGUUCUGGGUCUUGGUGUCCUAUGAGAGCCCGGCAGAGCACCCGACCAUCACCGAUGAAGAACGGCGUUACAUCGAGGAGAGCAUCGGUGAAAGUGCCCAGCUUAUGGGUGCAAUGGAAAAAUACAAAACCCCCUGGAGGAAGUUUUUCACCUCCAUGCCAGUCUAUGCAAUCAUCGUGGCCAACUUCUGCAGGAGCUGGACAUUUUAUCUGCUCCUCAUCAGCCAGCCUGCAUAUUUUGAAGAGGUGUUUGGUUUUGAAAUCAGCAAGGUUGGAAUGCUGUCUGCUCUCCCCCACUUGGUCAUGACCAUCAUCGUGCCCCUUGGCGGCCAGUUAGCGGACUAUCUGAGGACCCACAACAUCAUGUCCACCACUACGGUCCGCAAAAUCAUGAAUUGUGGGGGGUUUGGUAUGGAGGCCACUCUCUUAUUAGUGGUUGGUUAUUCUCACAGUAAGGGGGUAGCCAUCUCAUUCUUGGUUCUGGCCGUGGGUUUUAGUGGUUUUGCAAUAUCAGGUUUCAAUGUCAACCAUUUAGACAUCGCUCCUCGCUAUGCCAGCAUCCUCAUGGGCAUAUCCAAUGGUGUGGGUACCCUGUCUGGGAUGGUCUGCCCUCUGAUAGUGGGCACAAUGACAAAAAACAAGACCCGGGAGGAGUGGCAGUAUGUGUUCCUCAUUGCUUCCCUUGUGCAUUACGGGGGUGUGGUGUUUUAUGGGAUCUUUGCAUCUGGGGAGAAACAGCCAUGGGCUGACCCUGAAGAAACCAGUGAUGAGAAGUGCGGCUUUAUUGAUGAGGAUGAGCUGGCAGAGGAGACAGGAGAUAUCACACAGGGUUACGGCGCAAUGGGUGGUCCGGCCAAAAGCUACGGGGCCACCUCACAGCUCAACGGAGGUUGGGUGCAGGACUGGGAUAAGACGGAAGAAUAUGUACAGGAACCGGCAGGGAAGGUGUAUGCUGAGCGUGGCUACUCUUAGGCCAGACAGCUCUGGUGAGUCUGCCUACAGAACCAGACUCGCGAUCACAGAUUGCACAAAUAAGCGUUAUUUUAGAUAUUUAAAUUCAUUCCGUGUAUUCAAGUAAAAUGGUUCCUUCUAGUGUCAAGAAACCAAUGUAGAGAAAUAAUUAAUUGCAAUGCAGAACAAUCCUCAUUAGAUUCUCAUGUUGUACCUACUGUAGAGCUUCAUUAUACAGAUAGGAGUAGAGAAAAGAACUGCAGGCCUAUGUUGUACGUCUUAGGCACCCAAACCUCAUCGAAUCUACUUGAACAACGUGAUGACACUGCAGUUGACCAUCAUAGAGGGUCUUUCUCUGAAAUACCACUCUGAUUGCACUGAAACAAUAAGUAUUCUAAAAACCAGAUUCUAUUCUGUUUCUCAAAUGUGUUUUAUGUACUGUAUAUACCUGUAUACUGUUUCUGUGAGACUAUUGUGGAUUUUUGGGUCGUUGAUCUAUGUUAACAUUAAUAUAAAAAGGCCAUAUUUUUCAUGGACAGUACCUUUUCAGGGAGAUGUCUGCUUGCAAAAAAGGUCUUCUCGAGCAAAGCCUAUAAUAUAUUAUAAGACAAAAAUAGAGUGAGUGGAGUUGAACUGUAGAGUUUUAGUGUGUUUGUUGCAUGAAUUUGCUCAUCAAUGUUUCAGAUGCAGAGGCCACAGAGUCACUGAUAGUCCUCAUUCCGCCUACUGCAUUGUUCUUAAGUGUCUUCUGCCAUUAUAAAUGAUGAAAUGAACUUUCAUUAUCAGGUUCUGGUCGAGAUGUGAGACCAGUCAAAAAAGUUUUGAUGGCGAUUGCUCAGAAGACAUUGUUUAUUGAUGUUUGGUGUGCACUGCAAUAAAUUCUGUGUACCAGCCGCCACCCAUCACAUUCUGUUUUGUAAUGUAACGCUGGCUUGCUGUAUCUAACUGUAAUUGUUUUGAAGUCAUGUGAUGAUCAACACUAAGGUGUGUGUUUUAACUAAUUACUAGUGUCUGGAGAAUCCAGCUAUAGCGCUCAUGAUGUGGGACAUGUUGUUGCAUUUUGACAGCGAGGAAUGCAGUACUGCACAUGAACAACCAGGUUUUGUGAUCUCUUGGUGUUUCUUGGUUGUUCUCAUUGUCACCAGAAGUACUUUAUUGACACUUUGAUAUUGUCACGUUUGAGUGGACCGCAUUAAUUUAAUAGAUGGCUCUUCCAGCUGACUUUAUUUGCCAUUUGAACACUUUUCUUUGUGUGCUGUGUGGAUUCUGCAAGGAUGUUUAAAAUAUAUGAAUAUUUAAGAAUGUUUAAGAUGACCAAAAGAUGCUAUUACGGCUCUGUGCCUGAAGUUUAUGUAAACAGAAACAUGUGAUUUUAUGGCUUCUAAUAUUGUGUUCAAUGAAGAGGUAAGUUGAUGUCAAAAAGUGUUAUAAAAAUACUCAUAUCAUUUUAUAUAUAUAAAAAAACCCAACAACCA